UUUCUUUAUCACAUGACAGGAACAAAACUUUCACCUGAUCGACUGAAACUUCGGAGACAAGUUCUGAACACUUCGCCAAGUUUUCAAGCAGGGAUCACCUUGAAGUUCAUGAUAAUUGAGGUUUAGAACGGGUGAAUCGCUGUGUAGCUCAGCUACUACUACAACAGGUCAACAUGGGCUCCUUAUUUCGAAGUGAAGAGAUGAGACUGUGCCAGCUCUUUCUGCAAACAGAAGCUGCGUAUGCUUGUGUUUCAGAGCUGGGUGAGAUCGGGCUGGUACAGUUUAAAGAUUUGAAUGCAAAUGUCAAUGCUUUCCAACGGACAUUUGUAAAUGAAGUGAGGCGGUGUGAAGAGAUGGAAAGAAAACUUCGCUACACCGAGAAAGAGAUCUUAAAAGAGGACUGGAAAAUCCCUGAUUACGGAGAAAAUCCCAAGGCUCCUUUUCCAAAAGAGAUGAAUGAUUUAGAGGUGGAGUUUGAGAAGAUGGACAAUGAGCUUCGCCAGGUGAACACCAACAACGAAGCCAUCAAGCAGAACUACCUUGAGCUGACUGAGUUGAGGGAGGUGCUGACCAAGACCCGUGACUACUUACAAGCUUACGGUCAAGACAUCCAACAGAUUAUGGAUGGAGAUGCACCCGCUCAACCUCCUCAAAACGAAGAAGCUGUGAUUGGCACUUCUAGGGCCCCUCCAGCUGCAGCUCUUGGCUAUCAUGUUGGUACCAUCCUACGUGAGAAAGUCCCAGUGUUUGAGCGAGUGUUGAAGUUUGUGACACACAGCAACGUGUACCUGCGCACUGAGGAAAUAGCCCAGCCUUUGGAGGAUCCCAUCACUGGUGAUAUGCUGAAGAAAAGCAUGUUCAUAAUGUUCUACCAAGGAGACCAGCUGAAGAACAAGUGCAAAAAAGUGUGUGAAGGACUGAGAGGGACUGUCUAUCCUUUACCUGAUGAUCUGGGAAAAAGAGCUGACAUGUUGGUUGGUGUCACCACUAGACUAGCUGACCUGGAAAAUGUUUUAGCUCAGAGCAGAGAUCACAGACUCCGUGUGUUGGAAAAUGCCCGGAAAGAACUUCGCUCUUGGAUCAUCAAGGUUGAGAAGAUCAAGGCUAUCUACCACACAAUGAACAUGUUCAAAGUGCACCAGAACAGCCUUAUUGCCGAGUGCUGGUUUCCUCUACGGGCCAUAGAUGACAUCAGGAAUGCUCUCAGUCUGGGAGAGAAAGUCAGUGGCAGUUCUAUCCCAAGUGUCAUCCAGCCGAUGGACACGCACGAAGCUCCUCCCACGUACUACAAUUCCAACAAGUUUGUGAAGGGCUUCCAGAACAUUGUGGAUGCUUACGGUGUGGGCACAUACCAGGAGGUCAACCCAGCCCCGUACACUUGCAUCACUUUCCCUUUCUUGUUUGCUGUCAUGUUUGGCGAUGCUGGUCAUGGUCUGAUCAUGUUCCUCUUUGGCUUGUGGAUGUGCAUAUCGGAGAAGUCUCUGGCUGCCAAGAAAAUCUCAAAUGAGAUUUGGAACACUUUCUUUGGAGGUCGCUACAUCAUCAUGAUGAUGGGGCUGUUCUCCUUCUACACCGGUAUCAUCUACAACGACGCCUUCUCCAAGUCCUUCAACAUUUUCGGGUCUGAGUGGAAGCCCAAUAUGACGGAGGAGGAGCUGCUCAACAAUGAGCAGAUUGAGUUGGAUCCUGCUAUUUAUCACAUCAACUCCUCGGCCUACUUGGUUGGUGUGGACCCGAUCUGGCAGUCGGCGAAGAACAAGAUCAUGUUUCUGAACUCGUUGAAGAUGAAGAUGGCAAUUGUGCUCGGUGUGAUUCACAUGAUGUUUGGUGUGGUACUGAGCAUCUUCAACCACGUCCAUUUCAAAAGGAAGAUUGACAUCUUGAUCAAAUUCCUGCCGGAAAUGCUGUUCUUGACCUGCUUGUUUGGCUACCUGGUGGCCCUGAUUUUCUACAAGUGGCUGACCUUUGAUGCCGUGACCUCUAUGUGUGCUCCCUCCCUGCUGAUUCAUUUCAUCAACAUGUUCAUGCUGAAGUACACCGACCCAACUCCUGGUAAUCCGUGUGAUUCGAAUAACACUUUUUACGAUGGUCAGCAAGCAAUCCAGACGACCCUGCUUCUGAUUGCCCUUCUGUCGGUGCCAGUGCUGCUGAUCGUGAGGCCAGUGUACCAAGUGUGCGCCGUAAAAAGGGCAAAGAAAGCAAGAGAGGUGUACCGCUCUCAGCAUGAAGAUCCUCUCAUCAGCAAUGAAGUUCUACCAGGAAACCCUCAAAGCUCAGCCAAAGCUGAAGCUAAGGUCUCAGAAAACCCCAGUAGCCCAAGUCCCCAGGACGGCGUGGAGCUGGGGCAAGUGAACCCAGCGUACCAACCUGACAGUGUGGGCAAUGGGAGACCAUUGGAUCCUCCCGCCAACAUUGGAUCUCUGAACUCGGAUGAGGAGGAAAACCUGGGAAUGUCUGAACCGCAUGCGGACCAUGGCGGUCACGAGGACACUGGUGAAAUAGUCAUCGAAGGUGCCAUUGAGACCAUUGAAUUCUGUCUGGGAUGUAUAUCUCACACAGCCUCCUACCUGAGAUUGUGGGCCCUGUCUCUUGCUCACGCUGAACUGUCGGAGGUCCUGUGGAGCAUGGUGCUGCACAUGGGUUUCUCCAUCGGCGGAGAUUACGUUGGUGGGGUCGUUCUCUUCGUCAUCUUCUUCGUCUGGGCCAACCUGACUGUGGCCAUCCUGCUGCUGAUGGAAGGGCUGAGUGCUUUCCUGCAUACCCUGCGUCUGCACUGGGUGGAGUUCCAGUCCAAGUUCUACGACGGAGAUGGCUACCACUUCCAGCCUUUCACCUUCCACAGCAUCCUCACCAUGGAGUCGCUGGAAGAGGCUUCUGCCUAAGGGGAUGUUGUUCCCCAUUUUUAAAAAAAAUCUGUUUAAAUGUAUUUAACCAAAGGUUAUAGUAGCAGCCGAAGACUUCAUCCAUUCCUGGCAAGUGUACCAUGUUUAUCUUGACUGGUUUAUUUGGUGUUUUGGUUGGGGGGUUGUGUUUUUUUCUUUCUAUUUUUUAAAAUCAAAUAUGGCUUUAAGAAACACUUCCAUGUGAAGUUUAUUUUUAUUUUUAUUAUUUCUUUUGUGAAAAAAUGUUUAGCGUAGUGCCUGCGUCAUACUGACAGUGACAGGGAUGUAUAUUUUGAAGGAAUGGUUUUGAAUGAUGAUAAAUUGAGUUGAAUACUGAAAGUAAACCUAGUUUUAGUUUUAUAGGGUUUUUAAUUUUUACUUAAAACUUUCAUUUCAUUAUCCAUGUUUUUUUUUGUUACUGUUUUUUCCCCCAAAAAUUUAUAUUUAUUUCAGUAGUAACUGGAUUUAGAUAUGUGAUGCACAAAUUUUUGAAAUGCUUCCUUAGAAAUGCUGUGUUAAUAAAUUCUGUACAACUAUUUUGUCAUUGAAAAAUUCCAAAA